GCCUGGCUGUAGCCGAGAUGGACGAGGGGGCGAGGAAGACGAUGGAGUGGCCGCCGCCGUCGACGUUGCCGUCGCUGGUGGUGCGCAGCCCCCGGCAGACGGUCAGCCUGAUCCGCAACCGCCGCCCCCACCGCGACUGGGACCAGUCUUCGAGGUCCCCCUCCUUCGCCGCCCGCGACCACGGGCCCAAGCCGUCGGAGGUGUACGGCUUCGUCGGAUCCAUCACCACCGUCAUCGCCACCGCCGCCUACCUCGCCUGGGCGUACACGCCCGAGCCCGUCCUCCGGUCCCUCGGCAUCACCUACUACCCUAGCAAGUACUGGGCAUUGGCGGUGCCAUCGUUCGUGAUCGUGGCCGUGGCGCUGUCCAUGGCCAUCUACAUGGGUCUCAACUUCGUCGCCACUCCUCCCCUGACUUCCUUCAGUACAAUCUUCGUGCAUCCUUAUCUGCUCCUUCUCAUACCGUACCAAGCAGAGCAGAGCCAUGGCUGCUACUCGACCCCCACGCCGAGCCGUCAUCUGAGCUUCGCCCCGACCUCCCCAAACCCUCCAGAUGAAAAUAGUCGGGAGCGCAUGACGUUUUCUCCUGCAAUGGAAGAAGAGAUGCCGAUUGAACCUAUUUCAGACAUCAGUAUUGACCAAAUCAACGAUCUUAUGUUUGGUGGUAGAUGGUUUACUACUCCAGAUGGAAAAUGGAUCUACCUUGGAGCACAAGACUGGAAACACUAGCAACAUCAAGAAAGAAUCCUCAUCACAUUGCCUUCAUAACCAAUUGAGGAACUCCAUUCUUUACUCUUUAGGGUGGGUCUUUUAUGUGUGAAUUGUGAAGGAACCUUCAGCAUUUCUCUGUCUAGAAUUUCAGCUGUAUUUAUUUGUUCAAUUUGACAACGGAGACUGCAAAUGUUUGCAACCAAUGCUAGUUAAUUCUGAUUCAUCCAUCAACCGGAUAAGGUCUUGAAAA